UCAGCAGCUCCGCCGGACUGUUGUUUGUGUCCGGACUGUAUUGUGCUCUGCUGUAACACUCGGAGUGGAAAAACGGAGCUGAAGUAGUUCCCCGUUUAAUGUCUGUUAAGACAUGGCUGCGACAGGACACCGGGACUUCUCAGCAGAAAAAAAAGGCCACUCCUCUCCAGUGACUCGCUACGGCUCCACAGACAGCAGCUGCGAGCACGACCAUCAGAGUAACUGUCAUGGCAACAACCAUCAAUUCCCCGCGGCGACAGCGGGCCAUUGGGUCGGGGCUGAGCAUGGAGAGGAAGCCCUUCGCAGGAAGCUGAAAUACUUCUUCAUGAGUCCUUGUGAUAAAUAUCACGCCAAGGGUCGCAAGCCUUUUAAGUUGGGCCUGCAGCUGCUCAAGAUCAUUAUUGUCACAGCUCAGUUAGUGUUGUUUGGCCUCAGUAACCAAGUGGUGGUGACCUUCAAGGAGGAGAACACGAUGACCUUCAAGCACCUCUUCCUCAAGGACUACGAUGAGUCAUCAGGCGACUCCUUUGCUGUGUACACGCAGGAAGAUGUCUAUGACCACAUCUUCUAUACUGUGAACCAGUACCUUGCCUUACCAAAUACCACAGUGGGGCGCUACGCAUACGUCUACGAUGUUGGUGUGAAUGGCAGCGCGCUCUCCCUCUGCCAACAGUACUACAAGAAGGGACGGAUAGACCCAGCCAAUGAUACCUUCACUAUAGACCCCCAUGUCAUCACAGCCUGCGUAGGUGUGAACCCCAUGUCGGUCCCUCCGGCUUCUUCACUCGGCACCAGCUACAAGAACUUCACCCUCAAGUUCCACAAGCUCAUCAAUGUCACCAUAGAGUUCCAGCUGAAGGCAAUCAAUAUACAGACCAUCAUCAACAACGAGAUUCCAGACUGCUACACUUUUUACAUAAGGAUUGUUAUGGACAACAAGGCUCACAGCGGCAUGGUGAAGAUUCGUUUAGACAACCAGGCAUCGAUAAAGGAGUGCAAAGACCCGAGCGUCUCUGGACAAGCUGAAAACUAUUCACGUUUAGCCUUCGAUAUCAUUGUGGCUCUGGUGUGCACCGUGUCCCUGCUGCUCUGUGGACGCUCCAUACUGCGAGGCAUCAUCCUGCAGCAGGAGUUUGUAGAGUUCUUUAAGGAAACUCUGGAUCGUAAAGUUUCCUGGGCAGACCGGCUGGAGUUCAUCAAUGGCUGGUACAUCCUCCUAAUCAUCAGCGAUAUCCUCACCAUUACGGGGAGUGUCAUCAAAAUCGGCAUUGAGUCUAAGAAUAUGUCCUCCUAUGACCUCUGUGGCAUCCUGUUAGGGACUUCCACUCUUCUGGUGUGGGUUGGAGUCAUUCGCUACCUCACUUUCUUCCAGAAAUACAAUAUUCUGAUCAUCACACUUCGAGCAGCGUUACCAAACGUGAUCCGCUUCUGUCUCUGUGUGGCUGUCAUCUAUCUGGGCUACUGCUUCUGUGGCUGGAUUGUCCUGGGACCGUACCAUGUCAAGUUCCGUUCACUGUCCAUGGUGUCAGAGUGUCUGUUCUCCCUCAUUAACGGCGACGACAUGUUUGUGACGUUCGCGGGGAUGCAGGAGAGCAGUACUCUGGUGUGGCUGUUCAGCCAAGUUUACCUGUACACUUUCAUCUCGCUCUUCAUCUACAUGGUGCUGUCACUGUUUAUCGCUCUCAUCACAGGAGCCUAUGAGACUAUUAAGCACCAAACCCAAGAACCCUUCCACAUCACAGACCUGCACGCCUUUGUGGCCGAGUGUACAGACGCACCGAACUCUGGGAAGUUUCGGGGUCUGGAGACGUCACCGUGCUCCUUCUUCUGCUGUUGUGACAGAACGACGACGUAUGAAGACGCUCUGCUGGUGAACUGAGGUUGACCUUGGAUACUGUAGCUCACUAACCGCCCCUGCUGGCCAUAGGGAGACAUUGCACCACCUCGCAGUGGCUCUGGUGUCUGGAUUUAAACACUUAGCACUCAUGAGAAGGAAGAGGUGCCUUCAGCUGGACCAGAAUUUUUUUUCUUUUUAUUUAAGGAACAAAACAGGGGUACAUUUGGACAUAUUAUUCUUCCUGCACUCAUUUCCAUGAAUACAAAAUUGAAACCUGGUGAUGGACAGGACUUGACCUCUGUGGAGGAAGAGGACUCAUGGACGACUACUGCUAAGACAUUUUUUUGUGUUUAAAACAAAUCAGUAUUUAAUUAAAUUAAAUACAUAAUUAAAUCCUUUGAAAAGGAUUUAAUUAUGCACAAGGCUGAACAGGAACGGUACCUGUGGUAAAGAUACAAGUGCCAUGAUGUUGACUGCAGAUAUAUUGUACAUACAUAAUACUGACUGUUUAAAUUUUCUUUCUUUUCUUUCUUUCUUUUUUUUCCUUUUGUAGUAUUUAAAAUGUGUGUUACCUCUAGUGGACAGGGCUCUUAAAAUGAGGCAUUCAAAAAAAACUCACGAACCAUAUCCAGCAAUUUAUCUCUUUCACCUAUGCACACGUUCAAGUAAAUGUUUUAUUGCAAAAACUACUUGGCAGAGGACGCUAGAACGACUGUGAAAACGCUGCCGAUUCUACCUUUUCUAUCUUUUUUUUUUUUGGACAAUCAAGAGGACCACAAACAGAUAUGUAGAAUGAGGUCUCGGGUGUUGGGUCGAUUUGUUUGCACCCACAGUAUAAAGUUUCAAAUCUUCUUUAGCCGCGGCUCUGCUGCACAAGCAUCACAUUGCAUGCAAAUGUGGAUCCUUGUGUUGUGUCUGUUGCUGCAUUCGAUUGUUGUGGCAGAUUGUGUUGCAUUUGUCUGAGCAGUGAUCGAUUCAAUGGGAUGCACUCACUCACUAAUGAAGCACUCAGUAUUGCCUGUGGUCAGCUACAAUGAUGGAAGAUGUUCCCCGGGGCCACGUGCACACACUGUGCCUUCCUUUAAUGAUGCCAAAGUUUGAAGUCAGACUCGUAUCUUACUUGUUUAAAAGAAAUUGGGAUGUAGAACAAAAACUGAAAUAGUUUGAACUGCCUUACAAUAUGGAGCAGGUUGAAUAAUGAGAGGAUUUGUUGUCUUCAUAAUGACUGUAGUCCAUUGAACUGAUGGUUAGUGGAUGCUUUAUUAACUUUUUUUUUUUGUUUGCUUAAAACGCUCACAGUUUCUCGCCUUGAGAAUUUGUUUAGGAAAAUAGUUUCUAUUAUUGAGAAGAGAUGAUCUGUGAUCUAAGCUGUAACACAUGAAUAGACUGUUCAAUGACAAUGAAAAGAAAAGUAAAUGCAAAGUGUCUGCCAAAUGUAACACUGGCCUUAACUUAUUGUUGAUGUCACAUGAAAUGUAUUUAGUGCCUUUUAUUCUAGUUUUAUGGUAUUGUGUUUUUAUACAAAUAAUCUGUGCUUGUACUUGACAAAUACAAACCUGUGGUCAUCUA